CCAUGGUGAGGAACGUGGACGAUUUUGACUUCUGCCUGCCUUCGCACGCCCAGGGCAUGCUGGAGGGGCUGCAGCGGCUGCGCACCAACCCCAAACUGGCCGACGUCACGCUGGUGGCAGGCAAGCGGGAAUUCCCCUGCCACCGGGGCAUCCUGGCCCUCUGCAGCCACUACUUCCACGCCAUGUUUGCUGGCGACUUCGCCGAGAGCAUUGCGGCACGGGUGGAGCUGAAGGAGGUGGAUGCCGGCGCACUGGAGACGCUGCUGGACUUCGCCUACACGGGGAAGGUCACCAUCAACCAGGGCAACGUGGAGGGCCUGAUGCGGACCUCCAGCCAGCUCCACUUCCCCACAGUCCAGAAGGUCUGCAGCCGCUACCUCCGGCAGCAGAUGGAUGCCACCAAUUGCCUAGGUAUCUGUGAGUUCGGCGAGAGCCAUGGCUGCCCCGAGGUCUCCUCCAAGGCUUGGUCUUUCUUGCAGGAGAACUUUGAAGCCGUCUCUCGGCAGGAGGAGUUCCUCCAGCUUUCCAAGGAGAGGUUGGCCGUCUACCUCUCCAAUGACCAGCUGCAGGUGCAGGAGGAGCAAAGCCUGGCUGAGGCCGUGCUGCGCUGGGUGCGCCACGACCCGGGGCCCCGAGCCCAGUUCCUGCCUGAGCUGCUGGAGCUCACCCACCUGGUCUCACUGCCUGACCAGUACCUGCAGAACCUGCUUGCCAGCGAGCCCCUCGUCCGUGACUCGGAUGCCAGCAAGGCCCUCGUCGCCCGAUCGCGUGCCGAGGUGGGGCAAUGGAUGGCUCUGCCCGACUUCCCCGAUUACAACAAAUGGGGCUUUUCCCUGGUGGCUCUGAACAACGACGUGUACGUCACAGAUUUGUGGAGUGUCAUCACGUCCCCCUUCAUCCCCAAGUACCUCUCGGCCCCACGCUGUGCCACCCUCCAUGGCCUCAUCUACCUCAUUGGGGACAACACCAAGAAGGUCCACGUGUACAACCCAGAGGCCAACAUCUGGCAGAAG